AUGGGCUUCCGCAUAAUCGUCGCAGGUGGUGGCCUUGUUGGCCUCACGACAGCUCACAUACUUUCAAAAGCUGGCAUAGAUUUUGUGGUCCUGGAGCAGCAUGAUAAUGUCACUCCCUACUUGGGAUCACUGCUAUCGAUAAUGCCCUCUACACUCCGAGUCCUAGACCAGGUUGAAUUGAUGGAAGUUUUUAAUAAGUACUCUGACGACAUACGCCGCAUGCACCUCUUCACAGCAGACACAGCUAAAACGCUUCGGGACGAGACUUUUCUAUUAGAAUUGAUGCAGGCUGAUAGCUGCGGCCAUCCUGUAGUGAUGGCACAUCGGGCUGAUAUCGCGAAAGCUCUCUACGAUAGCCUACCUGAAGACGUCAAAAAGCAUAUAUUGCUAGAAAAGCGCGUUACAGACAUUAACGUGCUCCCUGAUGGUGUCGAAGUCACGUGCCAGGAUGGCUCUGUGCAAAAAGGCUCCAUAGUACUCGGUGCUGACGGUGUCCGGAGCAGAGUCCGGCAGAUGAUGAACAGGCUUGAGAAAGGUGAUCCCUCUACUGAAAAGGUUGAGGAAAAAAGCCCAUACGUUUCUUCUCACAGAUUGUUUUUCGGAGAUGUACCCAAGCUUCAUGGAGUGGAGGCGGGCGUCAACUAUGAAGGGCUUCACGAUAGGGUUGCCACGCAACUUCUCGUUGGAACUAAAAGAAUGUGGUUUAAUCUGUAUGAACAACUCGACACACCAACUUCUGAUCAUAUUCGGUAUACCGAAAAUGAUCAACAUGAAAUUUUAGAAAAAUGGGGCCAUCUGUUCGUCGCCCCGGGCUACCAAUUGCGCGAUGUCUACGAGCGCAGGCUAAAAGAUACUGGGUUGAUCAAUUUGGAAGAGGGCUUGGUGGACAAAUGGUACUCAGAUCGCAUUGUGUUGGCUGGCGAUGCCGUACGUAAGCUUACCUCCAAUGCUGGUUGGGGUUACAACAGUGGCGUCACCGACAUAGUUGUCCUCGUGAACCAUCUACGCCGACUUCUCAAGUCUGAUCAGUCGCCGAGCUCUGAAGCUCUGAAAACAGUGUUCAAGCAAUACCAAGCUGACAGAGCCGAAAGUACACACAUAACAUACAAGGUAUCCGCGGAACGCAUUCGUGCCGUUGUUUGGCCAGGAUGGCUACAAAGAAUCAUUGCCACUUAUAUCAUGCCCUAUGUAAACCUUGGGAAGCUUGAUUGGAUAAUGCGAACAAGGGCUUUGCACCGGGACUCACCAGUUCUCGAGUGGUUGGUAGAAAAGAAUUUACCCAGUCAUCGCAUCAAGUAUAAGCAAUAUCCUCAACUAGAGGAAUGA